AUGGAUACUGCUGGAACGAAUUCGCAAACAAGUGCAGUGACGAAUAGUUUAAAUACUAUUAACAACAGUGAAAAAACCGAUUCAAUUUCGAUCACACCUUCCACACAAGAAAGUCCCGCCUCAUCAGUAGUGUCCUCCAGUCAUGGCGAAUCAAUUGGAGAUUUAGAGUCACCAGCCAGUGAAGGCGGAUCAGGCUCUGGAGUCAGUGGAAGUCCAGGAAGCAGUGGAAGCGAGAAUGGUGAUAACUCUGAUAGCUCGAAUGGUAAGAACAAAAACACCAAUAUCCAAACCGACGUGCACAUCGACGCAAUGACCAGAAGUACAGUUCCUGAGACGGCUGAAGAAAAGACGAAAGUCCCAGACGUCACCGAACCAGCAAUCACGACUUCGGAAGCUACACCAACAACGAAGGCAAACGGUGAUCAUCCGACAACACCAGGAACGAAAACACUGGAACCGACAGCACCAGAACCGACAGCACCAGAACCGACAACACAAGAACCGACAACACAAGAACCGACAUCAACAGAACCGACAUCAACAGAACCGACAGCACCAGAACCGACAGCACCAGAACCGACAACACAAGAACCGACAACACAAGAACCGACAUCAACAGAACCGACAGCACCAGAACCGACAACAACCAAAGAUGUUUCAAAUGCAACACCAACGAUGCCUGAUGUCACCACGUUAGAGGCCACAACGGCGUUUAUUCAAUCAUCUGGGUCAAGUGGUAGCCUACCAGUAAUUCCCGAAUCGACAAUAGCCGAAGACACUACAACUGUAACACAAAAAAUAGCCGAGGGCACAAAAACGACAGCAAGUAGUGCAGCUGCGUACAGUUCAGUUCAAACUCCCUCAGGAGAUAGUUCUACAAAAGCAGAGACAAUCCCAGACCAAACUUCUGCUGACAAAUCAUCGACUUUAAUAAGUGGUAAAUCCGAACUUCCUGAGACAGAUUUUGUCACCAUAACUCAAAUUGGAACGACGAGUAACCCAGAACAAGCUGCGACCACAAUUGCAUCGCCAAAGAUUUCAAUAAGUAGCUAUUCUACUCUGUCCGCUAAACAUGACACGACUCCAGUUGAACCGUCAAACGAAAACAGUUUCUCAACAAGCACAAACAGCAAAAUUAUAACCAAUGAUCGCGAAACAUCGACUUCUUCUGAACCUGGUGACAUCUUCAGCCAAGCUUCGUCUCAAAUCACGCCUAUUGUCGAGCCAAAUGAAACACAAACAUCAGUAAAACCAACAAAUACCAAAACAGGAGGUGCCAUAGAACCGGAUACGGUAACUGCCAGUGCUCCAGAAAAAUCGAGCACAUCUUUAGUAGAUGAGACAACGGUUCAAUCUCAAAGUAUCUCGACAAUAGCCGAAACGCAUACAGCAGAAAUAAUUUCACAACCACAAUCAACGAAUGAAGAGUUAUUAACUUCAUCAGAACAAAGGAAGUUCACACCUACACUUUCUUUUGAAAACACCGGAACGUCAAACGCAGUGGAAACAACAACCGAAUCCAACCAAACUUUUCAAAGUUCGGGUCCCAGUGUAACAUUGACAGCAGAAACGAUUUCAGAAAACCCAAAACCAGAUGGAAUGACAACUCGUACAACUGUAACCGCGGAACUCCCAACAGCAAGCUCUCUUGAAAAUUCAGAGACAUCAGUUGCAGCCGGAACAUUGACUCAAUCGUUACUUUUAUCGUCAACUAUCGACUCAACUAAAGAAUCAAUUACAGCUGAUACAACUUUACUAAAGCCGCCAACAACGGUUAUUUUUUCGACGUCUGCAGCAACUUCUAGUCUAAUCGAUGUUUUGACCACAUCUGUUGGAGCGAACACGUCUAAUCAAGAAUCAGAAAACUCGCCGACGUUUGUGACAAACGAAUCACCAGCGCAUCAAGAUACUGUGCCAGAGCAUGCGACAACCGAAACAACGCUUUCUCCGUCCAACGAUGUUGAGAUCCUGACUACGUCACGUGCUUCAACAGCCGGUGGCACAUCGUUGCAAUUAAAUGAGAACUCAACGAUUUUCGAGACAACUGAAGCUGAGACUUCGGUUAAAACAAAAGUAACCCAAACGUCAGUGGAAACGGUUAACACGACGAUCACUCCUGAAAAAACGAACACCUCCGUUUCAGGGAGUCUAUCAAUAGCGAACUCGUCAAUCUUCGAUCCGGCUGAACCAGCAACAUCAGAGAACCCUUCGAUGCAACAAACGACAGCGGAAACGUUUUACUCGGCAUCCACAGAAACAGAGGUUACUUCUGUCGCUGCUCCGGAAAACUUAAGUGCUUCAGUUACAGCGAAAUGGUCAACUGAAACAACACAAAACACAUCGACCUUUGAGUCAAAUGGAACAGCCACGUCCGAAAAACCUUCAAAAAAAUCAACUAUAAGAAAAACGACACUUUCGAUAUCUUCAGAAGCUGGGGAUAGAUCGAGUCAGUCAUCACAUGGCUUGCUCACUACUGCGCUGGUUGACCACUUAACUUCAGAGCAGAUUACAGAGCUACCCCCAACUAUCGAAACGGCUUUGUCGCCGACAAAAACCACAGCCGGUAAUUCUCUCGUGAGUGUGAGCACUUCCACUGCCAAUGAUAUACACACCACGACGCUUGAGCUGAACAAACAGUCAACAUCAGAGCAAAUUACAGAGCUACCACCAACCAUCGAAACGCCUGGGUCGCCGACAAAAACCACAGCCAAUAAUUCUCUCGUGAGUGCUAGCACUUCGAUUGCCGAAGGUAUACAAACCACUACGCUUGACCUUAACAAACAGUCAUCAUCAGAGCAGAUUUCAGAGCUACCCCCAACCAUCGAAACAGCUAUAUCGCUGACAAAAAGCACAGCCGGUAAUUCUCUCGUGAGUGCAAGCACUUCAAUUGCCGACGGUAUACACACCAAGACACUUGAGCUGAAUAAACAGUCAACAUCAGAGCAGAUUUCAGAGCUACCCCCAACCAUCGAAACGACUAUAUCGCCGACAAAAACUACGACCGGUAGUUUUCUCAAUAUUGCGAGUACUUCCAAUGCCGAAAGUAUGCACACCACGACGCUUCAGUUGAAUAAACAGUCAACAUCAGAGCAGAUUUCAGAGCGACCCCCAACCAUCGAAACGGCUAUUUCGCCCACAAAAACCACGGCUGGUAGUUCUUUCAAUAGUGCGAGUUUUUCAAAUACCGAAGAUAUACACACCACGAAGCUUGAGCUGAACAAACAGUCAACAUCAGAGAACAUUACAGAGCUACCACCAACCAUCGAAACGCCUGUGUCGCAGACAAAAACCACAGCCAAUAAUUCUCUCGUGAGUGCAAGCACUCCGAUUGGCGACAGUAUACACACAACGACACUUGAGUUGAAUAAACAGUCAACGUCAGAGCAGAUUUCAGAGCUACCACCAACCAUCGGAACGGCUCAAUCGCCCUCAAAACCCACAGCCACCAGUUCACUCAAAAGUGCGAGUACAUCUACUGCCGAAGGUAUACAAACCACUACGCUUGACCUAAACAAACAGUCAUCAUCAGGGAAGAUUUCAGAGCUACCCCCAACCAUCGAAACAGCUAUAUCGCUGACAGAAAUCACAGCCGGUAAUUCUCUCGUGAGUGCAAGCACUUCGAUUGCCGACGGUAUACACACCAAGACACUUGAGCUGAAUAAACAGUCAACAUCAGAGCAGAUUUCAGAGCUACCACCAACCAUCGGAACGGCUCAAUCGCCCUCAAAACCCACAGUGGCCAGUUCUCUCAAUAGUGCGAGUACUUCUACUGCCGAAGGUAUACAAACCACUACGCUUGACCUAAACAAACAGUCAUCAUCAGAGCAGAUUUCAGAGCUACCCCCAACUAUCGAAACAGCUACAUCGCUGACAAAAACCACGGCCGGUAAAUCUCUCGUGAGUGCAAGCACUUCAAUUGCCGACGGUAUACACACCAAGACACUUGAGCUGAAUAAACAGUCAACAUCAGAGCAGAUUUCAGAGCUACCCCCAACCAUCGAAACGGCUACAUCGCCGACAAAAACCACGGCUGGUAGUUCUCUCAAUAGUGCGAAUACUUCUACUGCCGAAAGUAUUCACAACACCACGACGCUUGAGUUGAAAAAACAGUCAUCAGAGCAGAUUUCAGAGCUACCCCCAACUAUCGAAACGGCUAUAUCGCCGACAAAAACUACGGCCGCAAGUUCUCUAGUAAGUGUGAGUACUUCCACUGCCGAUAGUAUACGCACCACAACGCUUGAGUUUAGUAAACAGUCAAUGUCAGAGCAGAUUUCAGAGCUACCACCAACCAUCGAAACGGCUCAAUCGCCCUCAAAACCCAAAGCCACCAGUUCUCUCAAAAGUGCGAGUACAUCUACUGCCGAAGGUAUACAAACCACUACGCUUGACCUAAACAAACAGUCAUCAUCAGAGCAGAUUUCAGAGCUACCCCCAACCAUCGAAACAGCUAUAUCGCUGACAAAAACCACAGCCGGUAAUUCUCUCGUGAGUGCAAGCACUUCAAUUGCCGACGGUAUACACACCAAGACACUUGAGCUGAAUAAACAGUCAACAUCAGAGCAGAUUUCAGAGCUACCCCCAACCAUCGAAACGGCUACAUCGCCGACAAAAACCACGGCUGGUAGUUCUCUCAAUAGUGCGAAUACUUCUACUGCCGAAAGUAUUCACAACACCACGACGCUUGAGUUGAAAAAACAGUCAUCAGAGCAGAUUUCAGAGCUACCCCCAACUAUCGAAACGGCUAUAUCGCCGACAAAAACUACGGCCGCAAGUUCUCUAGUAAGUGUGAGUACUUCCACUGCCGAUAGUAUACGCACCACAACGCUUGAGUUUAGUAAACAGUCAAUGUCAGAGCAGAUUUCAGAGCUACCACCAACCAUCGAAACGGCUCAAUCGCCCUCAAAACCCAAAGCCACCAGUUCUCUCAAAAGUGCGAGUACAUCUACUGCCGAAGGUAUACAAACCACUACGCUUGACCUAAACAAACAGUCAUCAUCAGAGCAGAUUUCAGAGCUACCCCCAACCAUCGAAACAGCUAUAUCGCUGACAAAAACCACAGCCGGUAAUUCUCUCGUGAGUGCAAGCACUUCAAUUGCCGACGGUAUACACACCAAGACACUUGAGCUGAAUAAACAGUCAACAUCAGAGCAGAUUUCAGAGCUACCACCAACCAUCGGAACGGCUCAAUCGCCCUCAAAACCCACAGUGGCCAGUUCUCUCAAUAGUGCGAGUACUUCUACUGCCGAAGGUAUACAAACCACUACGCUUGACCUAAACAAACAGUCAUCAUCAGAGCAGAUUUCAGAGCUACCCCCAACUAUCGAAACAGCUAUAUCACUGACAAAAACCACAGCCGGUAAUUCUCUCGUGAGUGCAAGCACUUCAAUUGCCGACGGUAUACACACCAAGACACUUGAGCUGAAUAAACAGUCAACAUCAGAGCAGAUUUCAGAGCUACCCCCAACCAUCGAAACGGCUACAUCGCCGACAAAAACCACGGCUGGUAGUUCUCUCAAUAGUGCGAGUACUUCUACUGCCGAAAGUAUUCACAACACCACGACGCUUGAGUUGAAAAAACAGUCAUCAGAGCAGAUUUCAGAGCUACCCCCAUUUAUCGAAACGGCUAUAUCGCCGACAAAAACUACGGCUGCAAGUUCUCUAGUAAGUGUGAGUACUUCCACUGCCGAUAGUAUACGCACCACAACGCUUGAGUUUAGUAAACAGUCAACGUCAGAGCAGAUUUCAGAGCUACCACCAACCAUCGGAACGGCUCAAUCGCCCUCAAAACCCACAGCCACCAGUUCUCUCAAAAGUGCGAGUACAUCUACUGCCGAAGGUAUACAAACCACUACGCUUGACCUAAACAAACAGUCAUCAUCAGAGCAGAUUUCAGAGCUACCCCCAACCAUCGGAACAGCUAUAUCGCUGACAAAAACCACAGCCGGUAAUUCUCUCGUGAGUGUGAGCACUUCAAUUGCCGACGGUAUACACACCAAGACACUUGAGCUGAAUAAACAGUCAACAUCAGAGCAGAUUUCAGAGCUACCACCAACCAUCGGAACGGCUCAAUCGCCCUCAAAACCCACAGUGGCCAGUUCUCUCAAUAGUGCGAGUACUUCUACUGCCGAAGGUAUACAAACCACUACGCUUGACCUAAACAAACAGUCAUCAUCAGAGCAGAUCUCAGAGCUACCCCCAACUAUCGAAACAGCUAUAUCGCUGACAAAAACCACAGCCGGUAAUUCUCUCGUGAGUGCAAGCACUUCAAUUGCCGACGGUAUACACACCAAGACACUUGAGCUGAAUAAACAGUCAACAUCAGAGCAGAUUUCAGAGCUACCCCCAACCAUCGAAACGGCUACAUCGCCGACAAAAACCACGGCUGGUAGUUCUCUCAAUAGUGCGAGUACUUCUACUGCCGAAAGUAUUCACAACACCACGACGCUUGAGUUGAAAAAACAGUCAUCAGAGCAGAUUUCAGAGCUACCACCAACCAUCGGAACGGCUCAAUCGCCCUCAAAACCCACAGUGGCCAGUUCUCUCAAUCGUGCGAGUACUUCUACUGCCGAAGGUAUACAAACCACUACGCUUGACCUAAACAAACAGUCAUCAUCAGAGCAGAUUUCAGAGCUACCCCCAACUAUCGAAACAGCUAUAUCGCUGACAAAAACCACAGCCGGUAAUUCUCUCGUGAGUGCAAGCACUUCAAUUGCCGAUGGUAUACACACCAAGACACUUGAGCUGAAUAAACAGUCAACAUCAGAGCAAAUUUCAGAGCUACCCCCAACCAUCGAAACGGCUAUAUCGCCGACAAAAACCACGGCUGGUAGUUCUCUCAAUAGUGCGAGUACUUCUACUGCCGAAAGUAUUCACACCACCACGACGCUUGAGUUGAAAAAACAGUCAUCAGAGCAGAUUUCAGAGCUACCUCCAAUCAUCGAAACGGCUAUAUCGCCCACAAAAACCACGACCGGUAGUUCUCUCACUAUUGCGAGUACUUCCACUGCCGAUAGUAUACGCACCAAAACGCUUGAAUUGAAUAAACAGUCAACAUCAGAGCAGAUUUCAGAGCUACCCCCAGCCAACGAAACGGCUAUAACGACGACAAAAACGACGGUUGCUAGUUCUCCCAUGAGUGGGACUACUUCUACGGCCGAAGAUAUACACACCACGACUCUUGAAUUGAACAAACAGUCAACAUCAAAGCAGACUACAGAGCUAUCCCCAACCAUCGAAACGGCUAUGUCGCCGUUAAAAACCACAGCCGCUAAUUCUCUCGUGAGUGCAAGCACUUUGAUUGCAGACGGUAUACACACCACGACACUUGAGUUGAAAAAACAGUCAACAUCAGAGCAGAUUUCAGAGCUACCCCCAACCAUCGAAACGGCUAUACCGCCUACAAAAACCACGGCCGGUAGUUCUCUCAAAAGUGAGAAUACUUCUACUGCCGAAGAUAUACACACCAUGACAUCUGAGUUGAAUAAACAGUCAACAUCGGAGCAGAUUACAGAGUUAUCCCCAACCAUCGAAACGGCUAUGUCACCGUUAAAAACCACAGCCGGUAAUUCUCUCGUGAGUGCAAGCACUUCGAUUGCCGAAAGUAUACGCACCUCGACGUUUGAGUUGAAUAAACAGUCAACAUCAGAGCAGAUUUCAGAGCUACCCCCAGCCAACGAAACGGCUAUAACGACAACAAAAACCACGGCCGGUAGUUCUCCCAUGAGUGCGAGUACUUCUACUGUCGAAGAUAUACACACCACGACACUUGAGUUGAAUAAACAGUCAACAUCAAAGCAGAUUUCAGAGCUACCCCCAGCCAACGAAACGGCUAUAAUGCCGACAAAAACCACGGCCGGUAGUUCUCCCAUGAGUGCGAGUACUUCUACUGUCGAAGAUAUACGCACCACGACACUUGAAUUGAACAAACAGUCAACAUCAGAGCAGAUUACAGAGCUAUCCCCAACCAUCGAAACGGCUAUAUGGCCCACAAAAACCAUGGCCGGAAGUUCUCUCAAUAGUGCGAGUACUUCUACUGCCGAAGGUAUACAGACCACGACGCUUGAGCUGAACAAACAGUCAACAUCAGAGCAGAUUUCAGAGCUAACCCCAAUCAUCGAAACGGCUAUGUCGUCGACAAAAACAUCAGAGCAGGCUUCAGGAAGCCUACCGACUACCGCAAGUAAACUUUCAUCGUCCAUGGAAACACAAGCCACAGAUGUCGCUACCCCUGAAAAUAUGAAUACGUCUCAAACUGGCGACUUAUCGUUUGCGGUCACUGAGUCAGGAAGAACGGAUAGGCCUUCUCUACAACCAACUUUGAGUGAAAACAUGUCGCUAGAAACUCCCGAAAGAUUCAGUAGUACUGUAACAGUUGAGGAAACAAAUUCAUCAACGAACACCUCGUCCACUUUUCCUCCCGAAAGAUUCAGUAGUAAUGUGACAGUUGAGCAAACAAAUCCAUCAACGAACGCCUCGUCCACUUUUCAGCCGGGUGGACUCUUAACGUCAGAGCAAACUUUGGUGCCACAAUCUACAACCAAAAACGAUUUAGCAUCGACAGAAAUCAACACGGGUGGUCCAGCCGUAGAUUCGGGUACAUCCUUUACCGGGAAUACAUCAGCCCAAACGCCAAUUGAAAUGACGACGCUCGAGUUACAGGAACCAUCAAUGUCACAGCAGACUUCAGGACAUGUACCACCCACACCAACUACUUACUCGACUUCCACAGAAACACGGGUUACGACUUUCAUUCCUCCUGAUGAAACAAAUACAUUUCGCACUGGCGAUUCAUCAACUCAGUCAGCAGAAAAUGCGUCAAAUUUUGAGACGACAGAAUCAGCAUUGUCGGAAACGCCUUCUUUUCAAUCACCCUUCAGUAAUUCUGUAGCAGAAACAAGUCAAUCGGAAAAAAUCUCGUCAACUAAUGUGCCAAAUGGGCUCUCAACUUCGGAUCAGACGUUGGAGCAAACAUCUAUAACCGAAAUAAAUUUAGUGUCAACAGAAGUCACGACUGAUGUUUCUCUCGUAAAAGCGAGUACUACUGUUUCCGGGGAAAAAUCCGCUCAAACACCUGUAUACACAACAACACUUGAGAUGAAAGAACCAACACCGCCAGAACAGUCUUCAAUAAAACCAACUACAACCAUAACUGAAUACUCGUCGUCCACAGAAAUAGAGGUCACGACUGUUAUUCGUUCCGAUCUAUCAAGUACCGCUGUGACAGACAACUUUUCAACUCAAUCUAAAUCAAAUGAACCCACUUUUGUGCCAAAUAAUUCAGCAACAGCAAUGAGUUCUGCCAUGCAAACAUCAUUAAACGGAACAGUAACCUCGCUUUCCACAGAAACUAAUGGUAAGACUUCUGGUCCACUCGAAAAUUCUAGCAGCUCUAUGACAGUGACUGAUUCAACUCCAUCACCAGAAGCAUCGUUGACUACUGCCAUGAAUGAGCAGUCAACGACAGAGGAGAGUUUGGAACAAUCAUCCACAUACAAAACCACAUUGCCACAACUCACACAAUUCACAAUUGACAGUACUGCUGAAACACCAAUAGGGACAUCAGUAGAGCUGAAAGAAUCAACGACAUUUCCAGAAUUCACGACUGCUUCUUUUUCUGAAAUACCUAGCAUCUCUGUUACUGGGGAAUUAUUAACUCAAUUAACAGCAGAAAACACAUCGACUUUUGAGCAGAGUCAGCCAAUGACAUCCGAGAAGCCUUCAGCUCAAUCAACAUUAAAUGGAACGAUACGUUCUUCGUACUUGAUAACAGAUUUGACGUCGACUGGCCCUCUUGGAAUUUCAAGUAAUUCUAUGUCAGCAGAUAAGCCGACUCAGUCGCCAGAAGUAUCGCCAUCUAUAGAGCCCAUUGAAUCAACAAUGGAGCAGGCUUCAGAGCAACCUACGGCAGAAACGACAUUGUUGUCGACAGAAAUAACGACUGGCGAUUCUCGCAUAGGCAGUAACACUUCUGGAUCGUCCGAAUCACCCACAUUCGAGUUGAAUGAACUUUCAACCUCAGAGCAAACUUCAACCAACCGAUUGACAACUGCAACAGGGGACUCACCGACAACAGAAAUGGUAUUCACGACUGUCGUUCCAUCUGAUAACUCGAAUACUUCUGUAGCGGGUUAUAAAUCAAAUCAAACUACUAACAAUGUGUGGACUUUUAAUUCAACUGAACCAGGGAUAUCCGAAAAUGUUUCAUUACAAACAACGACAAGUGAAAGACUUUUUUCAUCGUCCACUGAAACAGAAGUCACGACUGUUGUCGCCCUUGCACCUUCCAAUACCUCUUCUGCGAGUGAAUCCUCGAUUCCAUCAUCAGAAAACUCAUCGCUUGUCCAGCCGACAACCAGAGCAACGUCAGAGGAGCCUGCAACUAAAUCACCAUCAGCUACGAACACGGUUUUCUCUUUAUCUACAGAAACGCAAGCCUCAAUUUUUGUUACAGUUCAAAACAUAAGUUCUUCUGUUGCAGAAGACAGUGCGACUCCAUCAUUAGAAACCUCGACGCAUUUUGAGCCCUCAAAAUUGGAAACAUCAGCGGAGACAUCGGUAGGACCGCCUACAACUGAAAUGAACACUGUUUCCUCGGAACUAGAGUCCGCUACCAAAAACAGCAUUGAUUCAUCAGAAUCUACAGCAUAUAACUCAAGCAUUAUAAAAGCAGAAACUACUGCUCCUUCGACAUACUUUACAACCACUGGAGAUACUGCUGGAUUUAAUUCAACCACAUUUGAAACUACGGCUAACCAUAGAAGCAGUUCAAUAACUGAUAGUUCCAAUUAUACAAGUGAGGGUACUACUGGUUACUCUAUGGACUCAUCGAUCUCCUUUAGUGGUGUUUACACUUCAUCCGCUCAUAGUGUCAUGUCAACUGACAUAGCACUUCCGUCAGAAGAGACAUCUUCGGACACGCUUUCGACCUACGAACUCAUUAGUACCGGAUCCCAUUCAGACGCUAGCCAGACUAUUUCUGCGUACUCAGAGAGUCAAUACCAAUCCGAUUUCUCAACUUCCUAUGUUGAGUCGCAACUAUCGAGCACGACAACUAUUCGAUCUCGGAACAGAUAUGUUCUAUUGCUGGACUAA